AUGGCAACGAAGGAGAUUCAACUCCCACAGGCCCAACCUCGGGAGCGGGUGCUGCACCCGUGCGAUGUCAUUCAGCGUGGGACUUUUCAAAAGGAGAAUUCGGAACGCCUUCACCGCAUUCGCACCACGCUAGGCUGGGGUGCCGCGGCGGACACAGCCCUCACAGAGACAACGCUGCUCUCCACCCGUCGCCUCGGUGCGCUGCCUAGCAGCUUCGCGUUGUACCACCACUACCGCGGAACCGUGUCGGAGCUGACCCCAAUGGACCUAUACGGUCUGCCUGAAGACGACCCCAAUGUGCAGCCAUCCUCUCGCGCUAUUGUGGAGAGAUCCAUUUAUGGAUACGAGCUGACGAUGAAGAACCUGGGAAUGUAG